GCAGAAGUCUUCCACCGGCAAUCGAAUCGAAUCGCGUUUUCAACAUGAAACUCUUCCUUUUGCUCCUUCUAGGAGCUUUGGGGUCCGUAAUGGCCUAUCCGCGAACCUACAGUUACGACUAUCCCCGUCGCAGGGGCUACUCCUCCUCGUAUUCGGGCAGCUCUUACAAUUCCCUGACCAGUCGCAAGGCCAGGGAGGAGAGCACCACCAAGUCGGACAAGGAGAAUGCCAAAUUUGCGGGUGCCUCUAACCAGGAGUUGGAUGAAUCGAAUGGAGAUGAGCGCACCCUGCUGUUGAAGAAGAAACUGAAGCGGUUGGCGCGCCCAUAUCUGGGGGGUUAUGGUGGAUACGGCGGCUAUGGAGGCUUCGGUGGAUACGGGGGUUACGGUGGAUAUGGUGGUCCCUGCUCUCCUUUCGGUCGUGAUGCCAAGGGAAGCCAAAAGGAUCCCGACGAGCAGGGCAGGUUCCUGUUCGAUGUGAAUGUUUACAAAGUGUAUCCUGGAGGAUGUCGCGGCUAUGGAGGCGGCGGUCUCGGUGGCCUUGGUGGCGGAGGCCUCCUAUCGGAUCCCGUGCCACAAGUGCCAGUUCCCGUUCCAGUGCCAGUGCGUCCGUAUGCUCCUUUUGCCACUUGGCUGUCGCUGUUUGCUCCUGGAGUCCUGCAGGCUGCCACAGUGCCAGGUGUACCUCUAGCAGAUCCCAUUCGUCCAGCUCGUCCUGCGGGAGAUGCGCAAAGCGAUCCUGAGGUGGAUCCAAACUAUGCUCCGUUGCCUCCAGUACGCAGACCUGUCCCCAAUCGGGUCUACUAUGAUUCUGCAGGAGCGCCUCCUGUGACACCUGCUCAAUUAGUUGGAGGCGUUGCCACAACCGUUAACGGAAUCAUCCAACAGUUGACGGGACAGGUGCAGCCAGUUUAUCAAACUGGAGUCUACAGGUCAAGAAGCCAGCGAAGCACUUAUGGAUAG